CUGUACUCUACACCAGCAGAAGGCACACACUGAAUAGAUCACGCACCUGCACGGGCACCACCUCCGGCCCAGAGGCGAAGGUGCGAAGCGAUGGAGUCAGGCGAGCCACUCCCACGCCACGACGGCCGCGGUGGCUGGCGCGCCGCGCUCUUCAUCGUCGCCGUCGGCUUCCUGGAGCGCAUCGGGUUCACCGGCGUGGGGGGCAACCUGAUCACGUACCUGACCGGCCCGCUGGGCAUGUCCACCGCAGCCGCCGCCGCCGGCGUGAACGCCUGGUCCGGGACCGUGCUGGUGCUGCCGCUCGUCGGCGCGCUCGCCGCCGACUCGCGCCUCGGCCGGUACCGCGCGGUCCUGAUCGCCGGCGUGCUCUACCUGCUGAGCUUGGGAAUGCUGACGGUCUCAUCCAUGCUGCAAACGUCGCACCUUCGUCCUGCCGGCUGCCACAACACAACCAGCACCUGCUCGCCGCCGCCCUCGGCUUCAUCGCCUGCCCGGAUCGCCUUCUUCUACACCGCGGUCUACCUGCUAGCGCUGGCGCAGGGCUUCCACAUGCCGUGUUCGGAAGCUCUGGGCGCGGACCAGUUCGAUCCCAGCCUGAGUGCGUCCCGGAGCUCCUACUUCAACUGGUUUCACUUCUCCAUCUCGUGGGGCUACGCCAUCGCGGCUAUCGUGAUCACCUACAUCGAGGAGAAUGUUGGCUGGACGGUAGGGUUCGCCGUGUGCUGGGCCACCAUGGUGGUGUACCUCGUCGUCUUCCUACUCGGCUCGAGGACUUACCGUGUAGAGCAGCCCGUGGACAGCAGUUCCUUGGCGCAGCUCACCAAGAAGCUCAUAUUUUCUCGAGCCGAUGCUACUGACACACAACGGCUUUUGGCGACGGGUCAGAACAUGGACGACAACGGGUUCCUCGGUAAGUUGCUUCCUAUCUGGUUGUCAAGCAUAGUGAUCGCCGCGGCCACCUCCCAGGUCUCCACCCUGUUCACCAAGCAGGGCAGCACGAUGGACCGGCGCCUGGGCGCGGCCACGGGCCUCGUCGUGCCGCCCGCGGCGCUGCAGUGCUUCGUCAGCUUCACCUACAUCGCCCUGGUCCCCGUCUACGACCGCGCCCUCGUGCCCCUUGCGAGGCGCCUCACCAGACACCCCGCGGGGGUCACCAUGCUCCAGCGCAUCGGCGCUGGGAUGGUCAUGUCCUGCGUCACCAUGGUCGUCGCGGGGCUCGUGGAAGCCAAGCGCCUCCGAGUGGCCACGGACGCCGGUCUGCUCGACCGGCCCGACGUGGCGGUGCCGAUGAGCCUGUGGUGGCUGGUGCCGCAGUACGUCCUGGUUGGCUUCACGGAGGUGUUCUGCUUCAUCGGGCUGGAGGAGUUCUUCUACGACCAGGUGCCCGACGGGCUCCGCAGCGUGGGGCUGGCCCUGUGCCUGAGCAUCUUCGGCGUGGGGAGCUACGCCAGCGGCAUGCUCGUGUGGGCGGUCGACUGGGCCACGACGAGGGGCGGGGGAGAGAGCUGGUUCGCCGACAACCUCAACCGCGCGCACCUCGAUUACUUCUACUGGAUCCUGGCUGGUCUCAGCGCUUUGCAGGUGGCCGUGUUCCUGUAUUUUGCAAACCGGUAUGUGUACCGGAAGAAACCCGAGCAAUGAUUCGUCCUCCGUUCGAGCAACUCCGACAGGCGCCUUAAAAGAAAAUUGCAGCGCGGAA